AUGCCAACGGGUCAGCAUCAUAUGGUUAGGACAGAUACUUUGGAGUUAAAAUCUGAGAUUGAGAAGAAGAUUGGUCGGGCCAAAACAGAGAGAUAUCUUGAUCUCUUGUCAAAAUUCCUGAGCUUGAAAAUCAGCAAAUCUGAUUUCGACAAGCUUAUCAUUGCGACGGUGAGGAAGGAGAACAUCAGUCUACACAACGCUUUGCUUAGAGGGAUUAUCAAGAAUGUAUCUCUCUCAAAGUCAAAGUCUGGUUUGGAAGAAGCAGACAAGACAAAGAAGAACCAACAGAAUGGUGUUUUUCAGACAAGUCUUAGUUUCCAAUCAUUAUGCAAAGACCUUCCGAAAUCGCCACGUAAAGGAAGGACUCACCGGAGGUUUUUUAAGGAUUGUAAUGGAAGCAAAGGGAAGAGUCAAAUCACUGAGGUUGUUGUUUCUUCCAAUGGUAAGUCAAUGGAAGAUGGUGAAGAAGUUGACCAGUUUAUUCGGUGUUGGAGAAGUCAACCCAUUGAAGCUCCCUUUGGUGUUAAUCUUAGAGAUGUGAUAAAGAGACGACAUCGUUUAGGGACAUGUCACUCCUCUCGUGAGCUUCCUGACUCCAUUUCUUUAAAGAAGAAACUCGAAGACGAUUUGGGAAUAGUGGAGGAAGGACUAGAAGUUUCUGCUGGGUUUGCUAACUCGUUGAAUGUGGGACUCGACGUGUUCUUGAAAAGAUUAAUCAGAUCGUGUUUAGAAUUAGCGGCUUCAAGGUCUAGUGCCCGAGGAGAAGUGUGUUCUUCAGCAUCUAUGGUAGAUUUUCAAGUAGCUAUGGAGUUAAACCGGUCGAUGCUCGGCGAAGAUUGGCAUGCAAAGCUCCGGUUAGGUACACCGGAUUAUUUGCCUGCAGAUUUUCAGACAAGCUAA